AUGGCCAAAACGAAACCAAACACUAAGAAGUCCAAAAAGCGCGAGAAAUCCGCUCUCAACCGCGUCGCACCAAGUCUCUCAAAACCCUCUUCACCACCAGUCUCUCCAGAAGACCUCCUCGCACAGGCAACUGCCACACUCCAACAAGGAGACAUAGCCGGUUCUGCCCAAUUAGCAAAACGAGCUGCAAGCCUCCUUGACUCUAGCUCGGAAACCUCAUUACCAGCUCUGAAUCUGCUGGGUGAAAUACAUGUCGAAUUGGGAGAAAUCGAUGCUGCACGAGAGUACUUUCUACGCGCGGCAGCGAUUGAUCCAGAUGGCAUAAUUGCAGAGCAACUAGGUGGCGGACCGGAGAAAUUCCUUUGGCUGGCGCAGUUAAGUGAGGAGGGUGGGAACGAUAGCGUUCGGUGGUUUGAGAAGGGCGCCACGAGUUUAAGGACGCAGAUUCAAGCAUUGCUAGAUCAAAAGAAAUCAGAUGCAGAUACGGAGGCCGUGCUAGAGGAGAAGCGGAGGAAACUUGCAGUAGCGCUGUGUGGAGUUGUAGAAGUCUACAUGACGGAUCUUUCGUGGGAGGAGGAUGCAGAACAGAAAUGUGAGGCUUUGGUUACAGAGGCCACCAUGGUUGCGCCGACUUUUGCAGAGCCAUGGCAGACAUUGGCAAAUGUCAGGAUAUCGCAGUCAAGAUUAGAGGAUGCAAAAGCGGCCCUGAAGAGGAGUCUAGACCUGUGGAAAGAUAUGCCACCAGAGGACCCCCGAGUACCAGAUUUUCCUACGAGAGUCAGCUUAGCUAGGCUAUUAAUGGAGGCGGAUAUGGAUGCUGAUGCCAUUGAGGUAUUAGAGCGGUUAGUGGGCGAGGACGACAGCAGUGUCGAGGUUUGGUAUUUGGGAGGAUGGGGGCUCUACAUCAUGGGCGAGAAACAGAAAAAUGGCGAAGCUAAGGCAGAGAAUGGCGAUGGGGAAAGCUGGAAGGUCUCAUGGAUAUCGAGCCGGCAGUGGCUGAAUCACAGUCUUCGUCUAUUUGAACAACAAGACUAUGAGGAUGACCGCCUUGGACAGCACGCCGGAGAGCUUCUCGCGAGCCUCAAUGCCGAAUUAGGCGGAGAAGCCAAUGAAGAGGAAGAGGAAGAGGACGGAGAUGAUUGGGAGGACGACGAGAGUAGUGGCGGUGAUGAGGAAAUGGGUGGAGCCUAA